AUGAGCCCAGCAUCUUUUGCCAAGUGCUUGCCGUGUUAUGACACGGCCCCACACCCCACCUCGGGCGGCAUCAUCACCGCCCUCCAACGCUCCAGCAUCCCGUCAACACCGCGUGCUUAUCAAAACAAUAACCCAAGCCUAUACGAGAUCCAAUCUAUCCCACCCAAGAUGAACAAAGACUCUUGCUUCACCUUUAUCCACAUGCAACGUCCCCGCGACGCAGACCUCUUUGAGGACUUUUGCAAAGACAAGCUCCCCGACGACGAGAUCUACGUCCCUCCCGCCCACCAGCCCAUCAACCCCGAAGACGAAGACGACGUCGUGCCCGACCAGCACGCCGCCUUUGGCAUCCAGCGGGCUACGCAAAAGUCAAAGGAGCCGGCUUGGAAGGAUCUGGGACUCGCGCAGCUGAUGAACAAGGGACCUGGGGCUGGGAGUAGUGCUAAGCCCAAGGGGAGUCGUUCGCUGCCGAGGUGA